GGUCAAUUUCACCAAUCCGUCAAUUUCAGCCAGUUUGUCAUUUGCACCAAUCCGUCAAUUUCAUCAAUCCAUCAAUUUGGUCCCAUUUGUCAAUUUAACCUAUCCGUGAAUUUCAGCCAGUUGGUCAAUUUUACCAGUCCGUCAGUUUCACCAAUCCAUCAAUUUCAUCCAGUUGCUCGAUUUCGAAGAGUUAAUGCCAGUUUUCUCUACAUGGGGUUCCAAAACCCUGUGGAAAUUCAGUUGAAGAAAUGAAGUUGGGGGCGGGGAGGUUUACUACUUUGAUGGUCACCCCACAGGUGCUUCCUUCCUCUCCACAGAACGACAGCCCCGCGUUGGCCCUCCUCAGCAUUGUUCUGAUUUUCGUCUUCUUUGUGGGCUACAUAAUGGGACCAGCUUCCAUUCUCCCCGUAAUUAUCGGUGAAUUGUUCCUCCAGUCAUCCCGAGCGUCCGCGUAUACGAUUGCAGGAUUCGUCAAUUGGGGAAUAAAUUUUUGCUCAACUUUGCUGUUUCUUCUGACUGAGUCCUACCUUAAGACCUACUACUUGCUCAUGUACUGGCCUUUGAUGAUCCUCGCCUUUAUUUACAUUUUCUGGGUACUCCCGGAAACAAGCGGCAAGACAUUUCAAGAGAUCCAGGAGAACAUGGCGGCCUGCACCUUCAGAAAGUCAAGAAAAAUAACCGCUGAAUAG